AUACCGGAUGAGGAAGUGAUGAAGGUUUGUGUAAGAUGUCGUUUUAUUAUUAAGCUUGUUUCAGCCCGUACACAUGGCCGUGAUGGGAUGUAAAUGAUCGGCAUUAAGACUUAUUUGGGUUCCCUGCUAAGUUUACAUCGAAACUUUACUUUGCGGUGGUUCCAUCCUGACUCAUUUAGGGCAGUUUUAGGAGGUAAGUGUUUGACUUGAAAUCUGCUCUUCUGCCAAAAGACAGCUGCUAUGGAGAGAGCAGACACUAACACCAGUGGGGCUUAUUAACUAAAUAAUUAUUUGAGGUUCACAGAAAACCGAUUGCGAAUUGCUAAAUGUCAAUGCCUUGUUCAGCUUCUGGGCUCUGGAAAGAUAAAUAUGAUUUUUUUUUCUUUUUCUGUUUAAUAAUUUCUAGGCAAGUUUAGUCUAUAUGGAUGUUUAAUUUGGAUUUUUGGUGUGGCGUUCCUUCAGAUACACAUAUGGAUAUGAAUGGCCAAAUUUGGCACCUCUGCCAUUUCCCAUUCCUGAAGCCAGGUUGAACAAUGUAGACCAGAGAUAUGUGGUUUCAAAGUUAGCCAUCCUGGCCAUAAAUGAUUUAUAUCUGAUUAUGUCACCGUUGCCUUUAAAGGGGAGAGCACAACUUGAUCUCGCAAGUUGUUGAAAGAAACCACAUUGGAAAUGUCUGCAUCCAUGUGUGUCUUAAAGAGACACUCUAAAAACCAAAACAGCCUUAGCAUAUUAAGCAGGUUGGUGUAUAGAUCAUGCCCCAAGCAGUCUCACAGCUCAAUUUUCUGCCAUUUAGAAGAUAAAUCACUAUUGUUUCGGUUUAUGCAGCCCUAGCUAUACCUCCCCUGGCCGUGACUCACACAGCCUGUUUGGAAAAGAAUGGUUUGCUUUCAGAUAUACAGCACAGUGUGUUUACUUUAGAAAUAUUGAAUCUCUUGUUAAUCACACACAGGAGGCUGAUGCAGCCAUUUAGCAGAGCAGGAGAUUAGAAAUUCUAAAUUAAACAGAAUGUGUAAACACGAUGACUUGCAGGGAAUGCUGUGUAAGUCACAUGCAGGGAGGUGUGGCUAAGGCUAUAUGAACAAAGUGAUUUAACUCUGGUGCUUGCUUACAAAUCACUGUACAACGCUGCUCCUACCUAUCCUCACUGAUACAGAAGUAUGUCCCAUCCAGGCUCCUUCGCUCUGCCGAAGAUCUGCGUCUAUUAUCUGUUCCUACUCCCACCUCUGACGCCUGCCUCCAAGACCUCCCUGUUCUGUUAGAUUCUCACCCAGUCUCGGUUCCUUCAAAAGGUCAUUAUAAACUCACUUGUUUAGGAAAGCAUAUCAAGUAAACUGUUAAUAGCUUUUCUUUCCCUCACCUUGGUUAACCACCUGCUUCCUCUCCUGCAACUGUAUCAUCCAAUAAAUUAACCCUUAAUUGCAAACUAUUCAAGUAACCUACUUUUCCUGUUCAUGAAAUAUAACCUACCCUUACCUCUUGUGCUGCUUUACCCCACUCCCUCUAGAAUGUACGCUGAUUCGAACAGGUCCCUUAACCCCUCUGUUACUGUGCGUCCAGCUUGUCUUAUUGCAAUGACAUGACUAUUAGCCCACCCCAGCGCUAUGGAAUUUGUUGGCCCUUUAUAAAAAAAAAUCUCUUAAAUUGCAGAGACUUGAGCAGUGAGACUGAAAGGAAUGAUCUUCAUUAAGAUAAAGUAGUGUUUGUGCUAAUAGUUUCCCUUUAAUAGGCGGUGUGACGGAGCUCGGUACUCGUCCGGAGUAUCUCCGUUAAUAUCCCUCCUUUCCCAGCAGGAUACCUUCAGUGAUUAUAGCAGCUCGCCCAAACAUUAGCUGUGACUUCAUGAAAACAGAAUUACUUUAUUCAACCAACUCAUAAUUAUAGAGGGUGGAAUAUAUAUUACAUCUACAGGAGUUAAUAAAACCAUAGAACAAAUUCUCUACCCCGCACCACUCUGUCUGGGCUGAUAGGAGUUAAUAAAACCAUAGAACAAAUUCUCUACCCCGCGCCAUUCUGUCUGGGCUGAUAGGAGUUAAUAAAACCAUAGAACAAAUUCUCUACCCCGCGCCACUCUGUCUGGGCUGAUAGGAGUUAAUAAAACCAUAGAACAAAUUCUCUACCUCGCGCCGCUCUGUCUGGGCUGAUAGGAGUUAAUAAAACCAUAGAACAAAUUCUCUACCCCGCGCCACUCUGUCUGGGCUGAUAGGAGUUAAUAAAACCAUAGAACAAAUUCUCUAUCCCGCACCACUCUGUCUGGGCUGAUAGGAGUUAAUAAAACCAUAGAACAAAUUCUCUAUCCCGCACCACUCUGUCUGGGCUGAUAGGAGUUAAUAAGGUUAGUUCAGAGUUAAUGCUGUGUUCUCACCAGACUGGGAAGCCAGUGAGUUUUAGCCCAGAACCAACUGUGACAAUAGUCCCUUUUUGAUUGUUUAGAAGUUCUUGGGACCAGGCCCAAAGUCUGUGGGCAGGAGCCUGGCCUCCAAACCUCUCCACGAGCCCAGGAAUGGAGGCAGCAAUAAUACGAGCAAUUGUCACCUCAAUGAACUGCAAAAGAUUUGUAAACGUGGUAUUAUAGAGUGCCCAGCUAUAAAGUUACCUCAAGCUUCCUGGCCACACAGCCAAACAUGGCUACCUACCUGUAAAGCAUGAACGGUAUGGGUGCAUAUGCAAAUCUUGGCUGUUAUAGUGACACACUUGAGGGUGGAUGGGGAUUAGGACUUAAGCACUAAAUCCGAGGCUGCUGGCAAGUUUGGCACAGUACUAACUUAGACCUUUAUUUAAAAAAUAUAUAUGUUUUUGUCAAUCUUUCCUUUAUUGUGCUAAGGGUGAACAAAGCAAGAUUGCCACGCCACGGCAGCGGAACAAACCCAAGCAGUAACGUACAGAUUAUGACAAUGACAUGUUUUUCAGGAUUCUUGCACAUUUUUAAAUGUAGUUUAGAACAUGCUAAUCAGGUAUGUCUAGGUUUGAUGAGCAUAUAACCAUUCGCUAUCUUGUGAGAACGUCUAGACCAGGCCCUCCAGAUGUUGCUGAACUUCAACUCCCAUGAUUCUAUGAAUGAAAUAGGCUGAGAUUCAUGGGAGUGGUAGUUCAGCAACAUCUGGAGGGCCAGAGUUUGGGGGAAAUCAGGUAAAAUUAGGCUCAUGGACACGGAGCUCAGCUUAGGUACGUCUUGCUGGCUCAGCAGUCGCACUCCGCCUCCCCUUAGACCUUGAUUUUAAUAUUGUUUGAUCAGUUUUCUAAACGUUUCAGAUCAGAUUUAAAAAUAUCAUAUUUAAAAAAUAUCAUAUUUAAAAAAUAUACAUAUAAAUGUAUCAAACAAUAUCAAAAUAUUACAAAAUUAUAUUUUUUUCAUAAUCGGUUAUAAAAAAACAUUAUUCAAAAAUAUUAAAUCGAGGCCUUGGGCAACAGAAAGGUAUUUGUCUAUGUUUCUCUAAAUAACCUCCUGUCAACCUGGAUCUUUCCACGGAAGCAUAGAGAUUUAAUCGCUAAAAUCAUAAUGAAUUAUAUGGUUUAGGUCAAAAUAACAAAAAUAGAAAAAAAUCUUCCUAAUGCUUUUAUUUUGACUUAAAAUUUGCAAGUCUUCACAAUUCCUGGUUCAGUGAAUAAUCACAAAAUAAAUUUUCCCCAAGAUGGCUGAAGUAUAAUUUCAAAAUAUGAAUGCCGAUACGUUUGUUUUUCUGUAAGGGCCACAGAAAUUCUGUUUUUUAUAACAAUAUAAAUAACAUUACUCUUGCAUUUUUAGGAUAAAUCAGGUUCUGAAUUAUUUCACCAGUGAAAAUGGAUACCCUGAGCGAUAUUCCGCAGACGUUUGAGGCGGGGCUCCCACAAGGUAAUCGAACAAUUCAGCUGUCCAGCUGGUGCAAAAAUAUCAUGUCUAAUGCUAAGUAAAUCCAUUAUUGCAUUACUGCGGUUAUGUGUGUGCAAUGUUACUGCGGUUAUGUGUGUUAACUCCCCAUAAUUAUUAUACAGUGUGCAUGUGUUAUUAAUUGUGCUUUACGGACUGUUUCUGUCCAAUGAUAGCAAUGCUGGUGUGCUGAGUGUAUGGGCAGCGCUAAUUAUCGCAACAACCAUUUCAGGGUUAUUUAAAGUAUGUUUUCAAAAUUGCUGAACUGGCUAAAUCUUGCAUGUCCGCCAUGUUUUCAGUUCAGGAGUUUUGGCCUCAAAUUCCUGACAUUUCACCAUUUAGUAAAUACCCCUAUCGAGGUUACAUUAUUGCUCUUUAUAAAUGUCUGUUUGUCCUCUAUAACCACCUGUGUGGAUCUUUGUGCUCUGUUUCAGGGGAGAUCAGAAAGGUUUUACAGCCCAGCGCUAUAAGUGACCCCAACUUCCAAAAUCUACUGAAGGUAAGUUCUGAGGCGUUCCUAUCUCAACGUGAACCUGAUACAGUAAUAAAUAGAACCGUAAAAUAAAAAUUUGAAAAAAUCCCAUAAUCUUAAAAUGACCCUCACAGUAAUAUUGUCCUCACACCUGAUUGGAUUUUUUGUAUUUAUGAUUCUACAGACGUAAAACAAACCCAAUAUAGUGUCCGAUAUUGGAUUAAAACCAGUAAACGAGAGAGAUAUAAACUCUGCCAGUGGACUUUUAUUGUAGUAAAGACUGAUGGUUUUUGUCUUUAGUAUUGUGAGCUGUAAUAACAGAAAGUGAUAUUAGCCAAACAGACUACUACUCAUCAACUUUCUAUAUAUUUUUCUUUCUAACAAAACAGAAAAUAACUUUUUUCUUUUCUCUAACGGCCUCACUCGGAAAUUGUAGACGGCAAAUAUUUUGUCCUGGACCUAGGAUGUGGUAAUCUGUGUGGCAUUGAAAUGUUUGCAUUGUUACAUAAUAACAUGAACUGAAAAUGACUAAUUUGUGGUGCAAAAUGUUGAAAAGAAAUCCUUCUUGGCUCCACGUGGCAAUCAGAAUUCUCAGGAAGCUGUUAAUAUUCGGCAUUUUAACUAUUGUAGCCCUGUAUAUCUGGCUUUGCCAAAAGGCAUCCUUUAAUCAGAUUUAUUAUGUGUAUUUAAAAAGCUCUCUAUGCAGAAAUCUUCCUCUGCUAUAAGUUAAAUCUCCUUUAAUCAAGUCUUUGUGGAGGAUCUAUUGUCCUUCGCACAGUCCUGUUAAUAAACAGGCUACAGAAAGCUGUUGGUUAUGGCACUCCAAAAGCAAGCAAGACCCACUCCAAAUAUCGCUUGGUGACCCAGUUUUGUGAGAAAUCUAUUAUAAUAUUUAUCACCAAACGAUUAAAUAUCUUUUAUGCCAAGCUCUGAUACAUACGCUUGCAGUCCAUCCUAUUCUUUAUGUACGGUGGCUCCCGGUUAUGCUAAAGGAUUCUGGAGGAAUAGCAUUUAUUUUGUCAUUGUCAGAUUAGAAGCUAUAAAAUCACAAGCAAAGUUCAUUUGCAUUUCAUUAUCUUGCAUUGCACACAGCCGUUUAAUCGCGGGAUGACAUAGCAAUGGGAAAAUGCAGAUUUUAGAAAUGUUUUUUAAAUAUAUUCAGGACAUAUUAUCAAGGGAAUUAUUAGUGGUGAUUGACCUUUUCCACUUGUACAAAUGGCUGAAUAUAAAAAGCAAUAUAUUCACUAUUCAAAUGGAAGGCGUUUUAUGGCAAACAUAAUGGAUUUACUUCCGUUUUCUGAGCCCAGGUGGAUUUAAUUAGUUUUUCGAUUCAGAACAAAAUUUAACCAGUUCUCGACCACAGAACCAAAAACUGAUUUGAAGGCAGUUGUGUGACUUUAUGUAGAGAAUUUGAGAGGAGUCAAAAUCCAGCCUUGAGAUAGAAGACGCCACUUUCCGUGGUCCCAGUGGCUGGCGUGUCCACACUAGUCGAUUCUGAGUGGGAUCAUUAUGAUAUGGCAUAGAAUACAGGAACCAUUAGCUCUAAACCUGCAGUACCACUGGCUUCUUUCCCUUCAUCCUCUGUACACGUCUCCCAUAACAGUAACCGUGGACAGUUUAAACCAUAUAGGAGAGAUUACGGCAAAACCAGGGGCAAUGUACUAAGUAAGGAUUCGUCAAAAUGGAUACAAUUGAACAUAUCUCAAUAUUUAAUACUGUGCACCCGGAAUAGAAGCUAUAUUGUCCAAAAUAAAUCUUUGUGGUGUAUUAGUGCUGCCAAAGCCUGAUAUUGUGGGCCUGCGUGGGAGCAAAGACGUUAAGUAGGUGAUCUGGCUCAUAGCUCCCCUGUACAGGACACGGAGAGUCGUGGACACAGUAAACACUUCAGCCCAGGCCCAGCAGUACCUUAAUGUGGAUCUUCAUAAAGUAUGAUGAGGGUGACAGAAUCCUGCUUUUACUACAGAGAGUCUGUUGGUGAUCUAGGCGAUAUGUGGCAAUGUGUGAUUCAUUUUAAAUUUUAAAUACAACCGCCAUCGCAAUGUUAGAAUUUUUAGUUUGAUAUUAAAGAACAUCAGACGUUUCUCUGAAUUUUAUGCAAUAAAGCUCUAAAAUAUGAUUUUUAAAACCUUUGAAAUGAAUCCUGUGGUCGUUAAGCCUGUGAUUAAGCCUUAGCUGGCUUGGCGUGCUGCUAGUUCACCAACAUGACGUGAGCACUAUCUAUAUAGCGAUAAGAUAUCACACGAUUUCCUUUCCACUUAUGUGUCAGUGUGCCCAUGAAUAGCUGGGUUACUCCCGCCUAGUUGUAUUUUGGGAUAAAGAUCAGUGCAUGGCUGUGUUUGCUAAACAAAUUCUUUGUAAUAACUUACAACAUAAUGUUAUGCUUGCCGUAAGUACGUGUCAUUAAAUCAAUUAACCUUAUUGUUUAAGUUCAAUGAAUGCACAACUCACUAUUUAGUUAUUAAAUCCCAAAUUUUUCUGUAUUUUUUUAUUUUUAUUUAUUUUAAUUUAACAAUUUAAAUAUUUAACCAAUGCAUAAUGUGAACAAUUUAUUUGGUAAGACUAAAUUAAACGUACAUAUUACUCCAUUUAUUUGCUGGUUUGAUCCAGGCAUUAUAGUAAUUAAAGUAAGGCAGUAAAAUAAAAUUGUCCUAAGAAAAAGUAAGAGAUCGAAACUCAAGUCAUUUUUUCAAACGAUUGUCUGGAAUCCAAACAUCUGUGUUAUAUAAAGUUGUGUUGUAAAGAUGUGUUUAAAUAUAAGGUAACACUUUGCUGGAAUCGCAGUGCGCUCAGUAAAUCCCUUGGAAUGUCCAGUUUAUUGAGGUUUGACCUCCCUAUAGAGCCCUGCUUUUGUUAAAGGAUUAGACAUUCUAUUUUGAAAUAAGAUCACUAAAAGGCAGAUUUUUGUGAUGAGAAAGAACCAGCCAUCGUUGGUGCUCAAGGUAACUCUGUCACGCCAAACUUAUCUUCCUUAAAUAGAUUCCUCUGCUCCCUCUGUGUCAGAAUCUGGUCUUCUUUUUUAAAUUUUCGACCCACUUCAAGUCAAAUACAGAAGACAAAGUAGACAAUGCUUGGUGGCAAACCCGCACACUUUGUCAAGAUAAAUAUUUCCGCCGCUCACCUGGCCGCCGUGUCCCUCGCGGUGUUCCCGAAAUGUUGCACAAUCCCAGAACAAGCUCCACUUCUUUCUUGCUGAUUGACAUGAACGGCCCAUUUGGGCAGGGGAGGGGAAGGACAUAUUUGUCACUCACAGUACCUGGUGAGGGAACUAUAGAAAAAAAUUGAAAACAAGAGUAAAGAAUAAUAUUUGUAGGGACACUUUGGAUUAAUAUUAACAACGAGGUGGGAGAGGGGGAGGAAAAUAAAUGGGUCUGGCUGUGAAGCUUUAAAGUUAAUUCUAUGGCAGGGAACCAUUUUUUUUACUGUUUUACUGCUGCCCGGUUAUAUAUAUAUUAAUAUAAAGAUGUAAUUGGGUUUUUUUUGCAUUUCAGUUCCUGAUGGACUGGAUUAACGAGGAAUUAAAACAUGAACAUAUUGUAGUGAAAAGCUUGGAAGAUGAUCUUUAUGAUGGACUAAUACUUCAUCACCUCCUGCGUAAGUAUUCACCAUAUCUUCUCAACUACAAGAAUAUCGCUGCUAAAAAGGGGUCAGAUGGUGCGGAUUAUCAUUACAGGUUCAAAAAUACAGAAUUAUUACUAUCCACUACCCACCAAAUACAACGUAGCACAAUAACUAUGCAAUUGUAAAACUCUCACUGGUCUCUUCAGGUAACGUGAUUCUUUACCAGACAAAGGCAGAACUUAAUAAAGGAAUAUUUAUUAUGAGCAAAAAAAUAGUCACAGUGCAUACAAAAAUAUAGAUGAUAAACACAUUAUUUACACCAAAAACAGAUAAAAAACAAAAAGGAUAAAAUAACAAAAGUCCUAAUCACUUAUUCCGGUUUUCAAAGUAAAACUUCUGCCCAGGGGGUCUCUGGCAAGGAAGACGAUGACUUACUCAAAAUUAGAUUUUAGCCCUAAGCAAGUACAAAUACACAUCUCAGUAUCAUUGGAUAUAGACCAUGUGGAUUUCAGAGGCAGAGAAAAGGCAUACCUAUAGGGACAAUAAGUGACCACCCCUUGUGUUCUAGACCAACAUCAAUCCAACUGGAAACAUUUGGUUCUAUCUCCUCUUAUGUACUUGCCACAGAAAUAAUAAUCUAUGAAUUGUUUGCCAUUUUUCCAUUCCAUAGAUAUGUCAUAGUUCUUACUUGUGACCCAGUAUGGCGGACAUCACAAUCCCUUCCCCUAUGGUUAAAUUACACAAAUCAUGUUUAGGCUUGGUUAGAAGAUUGUGCUUGACCCAUUCUAAAGAUAAUAAAAAUGAGACCUAAUUAUUAAUCUGUGGGUAUUAAUUCUUUUGGAACACGAUGGUUCUUUUGGAACACAAUGGCUUUUCUCUUUAAAGCUAAUUACCAUUCAUAUCAAAGGACUCCCUAUCUAAGAGGGAAUCUAGAAAUAUGGCAAAUGAGAGAGUUGGUUUAUAUUUAAACCAGACUUUUUACACCUUACAGAGUAGCUCUGUUGGGGUCAUUGGCUUCAAAGAGGAAUUUAGGUUAUAAACCUUCUGACCUCCCAUACAAUCAAAUUAACCACUUUUGAAAGGUGUUCGUAAACAGCAAAGAUGCACAAUUUUAAAUGUUUAAUUUAUAUUUUGAUCCUGUAUAGAUAUAGAGAUAGUGAUGGGAUACAAGCUAAUUAAGGUGAUUUGUAAGGAAUGUAAAUAUAAAGUCUGUAUUGGGCCGUAGUGUCCAUCUACAGUAAGUAUAGUCGAUUGACUAAAACCAAGACUCUAUAAUAUGUAUGGCAGUACAAAAGUAAUGCAUUGUGCCAAGAGCCUAUAUCCCACUCUCAAACUCCUCUCUCAAGGGGUUAGAACUGCUCCAUCACCUACUGGGGUCUUUACACCCCCAAUUGUGACAUCGCACCCUGGGUUCAGUGGCCCAGGAGUGCAGCUAUGUUUGUUGUACUUACCUGAUGCUGUCACCUGCCGGUGAAACUAUCUACUUUCUUCAUGCGCGAGAGUACAGCGGUGAUGUCUAUGGAGAAUCCAGUGAGAACAUGAGAGCCUCCUAGAUAUUAUGUUGCGAUGAGUGAGAUAAUACCUUAUUCCCAUAGUGGUUGCUAGCAAGUUGCAACAGCUGAGUUAGUGACAAAAUUUGAUGGCAGUAGCUCCACUUUUAUUUUUUUGUAAAUAUAUUUUUUUUAUUGGUUUGUUAUAUCAUAAGGUCACAAGUCAUUGCAAGAAUUUGAGACUCUUUUUAUUUCCUAAGUGAGUAUAUGUUUAGGAAUUUGUCCUCUUCAUAUUCUGUUUAUGUUUUGUUUGUCUUUUUGUUUUGUUUUUUUUCAUUCUGUUCUUUUGUCUUUCCAAUAAAAAGCUAAAGUAACAAUAAGAUAUCAGUGAGUAAUCGGUCUGAGGACUCACAGGUCCUAGAGAGUGUACAAGUGGCAGUGUCUCUUUGUGGGACACAGGGAUCCUUUUACAUGUUUCUAGGAAUGAUUACCUCCCCUCCACCCCUCCUAUCUUCAAGUCAGGUUCGUAAGUUCUAGUUGUUUGUGUCGCGUAGCUUGAGGAUGUGACAUGCAUAUCUCCUACUGGUACUUGGAAAAUCAGGUUUUAGGUGCAGCCCUACAACAUCUCGGUGCUUAUCUGCGCAGAAUUGUUUCCCUAACUACAUUUCCCUCAAGAUGGGUUAUAUUUUGCGGUGGGUACUCCUCCCCUACUACUCCUCCUGCUCCAGGUCCCUUCGCCCUCCCCCCGGGGUUGGUCAGUCUGACCCGAGGGACGGCGACAAGUGGCCUGGGGAGGGUCUCAUGUUCAUGCCAAGUGGGUCUCUCACUUAGUCUAGGGUCAGAGUGUGUGCCUUCACUGUCAAAUCAAUCCUUCAGUCCGAAAGUGUGUGACUUAUCUUAGUUUUUGUUAAGGUUCCUGUGGAGUUAGGGUCCCCACACCCUACAUCUCACUGUGGUGAUAUGGUGGACUGCGCAGUACGUCGGGAUCGGGUACCCCCUUAGUGUCUUUAGUAUGUGAGAAGCUGAGGUCCAGUGUGUUAGUGAAAAGCAAAGAAGUCGUUUGGUCGGUGAGAAGGUCUGGAUCAUUUGUCAUAGUGCUGAGGGCACCCCCCAUCCAGCCACCCCUCAGUCCCCUCCAGAUCCCACGCCUCUAUUAGCAUUGUAUUCUAUCCAUGGUCUCCACAGUUCAACAUGUUUGUCGCUUCAUUCUAUUACCGAUGCCCUAAUGGCCUCAGGUGAGUAAAUCUCUUCUAUUCAUUCGUACCAUUGUUCAAGUGUCGGAGUCUGAGGUUGUUUCCAGAGAGCAGGCACUAGCACAUUUGCUGCAUCAAUCAUGUGUCUCAGGAUUCAUUUUUUGUUAGGGAUGUGCAUGGGAAAAAAAUCCGGUUCGGUUUUGGACAUUCAGAAAUUCGGGACUUCGGUAAUUCGGCAAUUUGGGACUUUGGCACUUCGGUUCGGUUCGGCACUCCUAAAAUUCGGGAUUCGGUACUUCGGCAGUUCCCUAACCCUACUCCUAACCCUACCCAUAACCCUAACCCUAACCCCACCCCUAAUCCUAUCCUAACCCUACCCAUAACCCUACCCUGCCCUAAACCCCAUAACCCUAAUCCCCUAACCCUACCCCAACCCUUCCCCUAAUCCCAACCCCAACCCUACCCUAACCCCAUAACCCUACCCUUAACCCUACUCCUAACCCUACCCCUAACCCUAACCCUUACCUCACCCGUAACCCUAAUCCCAUAGCCCUAAUCCCCUAACCCUACACCAACCGUACCUCUAACCCCAUAACCCUAACCUUAACCCCAACCCUACCCUUAACCCCAACCCUACCCUAGCCCAACCCUAACCCUAACCCCACCCCUAACCCUACCCCAACAGUACCCCUAAACCUACUCAAACCCUACUCCUACCCCAUCCCCAACCCUACCUCUAUCCCUAUUCCCUACCCUAACCCUAACCCUACCCUACCCCGAAUCCCCACCCCUAACCCUAACCCUAACAAUGUAACUGGUAUUAUAUUUUCAUUGCUAACAAGGAACGUUUUCCUGAAAAAGGGGAACUCACAGUUGCAUUUCUAUAUUUUGUACCAGUUACAUGUAGGACCAUACGGGGCAGUUUGUAGAAUAAUAUACGUAACAUUUUGACUGUGACUGGAUCCUUUUUUGUGUUCUCAGUCGGCGUCCCUUUUGGUUCUAAGAGACUCUGCAUGUGACAGAUGUCUUAUUGGCCGCUAUAUUACUGGUUGGGAUAAUAUACAGCAUAUAGGGGUAUAUCCCAUAGGAUUAAAGAAAGUUCUGUGACAAAGUCCUGGUGGUGAGCUAGGGGUGGAUAUCAAAUUAUAUAGGUGUCUGCUGGUUUCGGCAUCUGAACUUUAUAAAUGUACUAAAGUAAGAGCCUGCUUGUAUGUAAGGAUAUUGGUAAACUGCCCUUUAUCAGUGCGAAUCAUGAACCUGGUAUAGUGCCCCUCAUUGGUGCGAAUCACGAACUUGCUAUAGUGCCCCUCAUUGGUGCAAAUCAUGAACCUGGUAUAGUGCUCCUCAUCGGUGCGAAUCAUGAACCUGGUAUAGUGCCCCUCAUCAGGGGGAAUCAUGAACCUGGUAUAGUGCCCCUCAUCAGGGGGAAUCAUGAACCUGGUAUAGUGCCCCUCAUUGGUGCGAAUCAUGAACCUGGUAUAGUACCCUCAUCGGUGGGAAUCAUGAACCUGGUAUAGUGCCCCUCGUCGAUGUGAAUCAUGAACCUGGUAUAGUGCCCCUCAUCGGUGCGAAUCAUGAACCUGGUAUAGUGCCCCUCGUCGGUGUGAAUCAUGAACCUGGUAUAGUGCCCCUCAUCGGUGCGAAUCAUGAACCUGGUAUAGUGCCCCUCGUCGGUGUGAAUCAUGAACCUGGUAUAGUGCCCCUCAUCGGUGCGAAUCAUGAACCUGGUAUAGUGCCCCUCGUCGGUGUGAAUCAUGAACCUGGUAUAGUGCCCCUCAUCGGUGCGAAUCAUGAACCUGGUAUAGUGCCCCUCGUCGGUGUGAAUCAUGAACCUGGUAUAGUGCCCCUCAUCGGUGCGAAUCAUGAACCUGGUAUAGUGCCCCUCAUCAGUGCAAAUCAUGAACCUGGUAUAGUGCACCUCAUCGGGGGGAAUCAUUAACCUGGUAUGGUGCCAAUCAUCAGGGGGAAUCAUGAACCUGGUAUAGUGCCCCUCAUCGGGGGGAAUCAUUAACCUGGUAUAGUGCCCCUCAUCUGGGGGAAUCAUUAACCUGGUAUAGUGCCCCUCAUCGGGGGGAAUCAUUAACCUGGUAUAGUGCCCCUCAUCAAUACAAAUCAUGAUCCUGGUAUAGUUCCCCUCAUCGGGGGGAAUCAUUAACCUGGUAUAGUGCCCCUCAUCGGGGGGAAUCAUGAACCUGGUAUAGUGCCCCUCAUCAAUACAAAUCAUGAACCUGGUAUAGUGCCCCUCAUCGGUGUGAAUCAUGAACCUGGUAUAGUGCUCCUCAUCAGUGCGAAUCAUGAACCUGGUAUAGUGCUCCUCAUCGGGGGGAAUCAUUAACCUGGUAUAGUGCCCCUCAUCGGGGGGAAUCAUUAACCUGGUAUAGUGGCCCUCAUCGGGGGGAAUCAUUAACCUGGUAUAGUGCCCCUCAUCGGGGGGAAUCAUUAACCUGGUAUAGUGCCCCUCAUCGGGGGGAAUCAUUAACCUGGUAUAGUGCCCCUCAUCAAUACAAAUCAUGAUCCUGGUAUAGUGCCCCUCAUCGGGGGGAAUCAUUAACCUGGUAUAGUGCCCCUCAUCGGGGGGAAUCAUGAACCUGGUAUAGUCCCCCCCAUCGGGGGGAAUCAUGAACCUUGUAUAGUGCCCCUCAUUAAUGCGAAUCAUGAUCCUGGUAUAGUGCCCCUCAGCCCUGCCCAUUUCACACGGUGAGCCAUCAAGGCUUCUUCAGGUUUAUAAAUGUAACAUGCUAUUGGUUUCCGUGGUGACUGCUAUACUGUUUGCCUCAGUGUUUAUAUUUGCUGUAUAAUGUUUCAUUCACAGGGUUAAUCACUAAAGUGAGAAUUUAAAGUGAAUUUCAAAAUAAAGGUCAGAAAAGGCGAGCUGGAAAAAUUCUAGUCAUCUGUGUUUCCAGUUCGGUUACUUUAUUCACUUUGAAUUCUCAUUUUAUAGAAGAACCCUGUGUGGUGGCAGCGGUGAAUGGACUGCAUUUGAUGCCAAUUUUAAAAGGAUUAUUGGUUCUGCAGAAAAAAUCGGAGGCAUUAAGUUGGAUGUGGAAGAAAUCACACUUUCUACUUUUAAUCAGAAGCGCAAGCUGACUGUCAUACUGGACGCUAUAUCGCAACACCUAGAGCUGGAGCCGAGCCAGACAAAAUGGGACAUCAACCGUGGGUAUCUCAAUCAGGCAUUUAUAGGGCAAAAUAUUGUAAAAUUACAUCUUUCAUAUGUUUGGGGAAAAAGGCAUAAAAACAUCUCUUUACGAAGACUUGUUUUUUUUAAAACUUGAAUUUCUAAGAAGGGUUCUACUGCUUUAACACAUUUUUUUGCUGAAUUUUCAAGUUUGAUAAAAAAAAUGUAUAUUUAUGUACUUACCUUAAUGUAUUUGUUCAGCAUUUGCUGAAUAUUGAAAAAAUGAUAAGUGCCUCGAUUUAAUAUCUAUAAAUCUAUAUCUUUAUGAGGAGAAAUACUACUAUUUGUUUCAUAGUGUCAGUGUGACAUUGUAAGAUACAUAAAAAUGUUCAAAUAUAAAAUUUGGGGCGUUUUGUAAGGAAUCUACAGGUGUUUUGAGAAUGCAGGUAAGUGAUGGAGGUAAGAUAGGUCAGAUGCAGGUCGUGUAGUUGGUCGAAGUCUCGAUAUGUCCUCUAAAGCAUAUUAGAUUGUUUAUAUUGUUAAAGAAGUUUAGACUCUGUGAGGAGAGCGUGUCUUAUGUUUUUUUUAUUUUUACAAAAAGUGCAGAUUUGUGAAAUAUAUAAUUUUUAAUAUUUGGGGUAACAGCUUUGUGAUCCAAGGAGAGUUUUGACUGUGAUUCUGUGGUCGAGAAGGAAUUUUUCCUGGUUUAUUGUAGAAUUGGAGAGUUCUUCAAAUAGUUUGUUUUGGGGGGUUUCUAUGUUUUGCCUAUUUUUUGAUGAACUGCAGAACCAGGUUUCAGAGAGACUGAACUUGGUGGGUGCAAGCCUUUUUCAGCCAAUAUAACUAUAUAAGUAAUGCCAGUUCUAGACGUAGUUCAUGCUCGGUCUAGAUGCUCAUCUUGUAAUUAAGCUUUGGUUAGGUCAAGCAUAUCCAACAUCCAUCUCUAAUUUUUUAACUAGAAUGACCGGGAUUCUCCGGUAGCCUUUGGCUGACCGCGUACUGGAUGAACAUCUUGGAAAUUAUUUUUGCAGCAAUAAGUGUAGAGCUAAUGUACUUCUAGUUCCAAUAAUUAAAAAAAGUAAUUAUGAAUCUCUAGAUCUGUUUCACCUAGCUGAGUUCGGCAAUCAAGGAAGCCUUCUGCAGGUUUGUCUCGUGUAAUGUUUUAUGGUGUGUCUACAUAUCCAAACCUGCUUAGCCAUAUUAUUAAAAUAUUUCAUGGGUUUACUUUAUUGAGUAGGUUUUAUAAAUCCCUCUGUCAUAAAAUGGGUUAAUAAUAUCCUGCUCACUAGUUUGUAAAGAUAAUGGAGACAGUUGCAAAUCAUGGUUUGAGCCUGAAUGACUCUCCUUCCUCAGGCUGCGAUGUGCAGAUUAGAAAUGGUGAUAUUUAUCUCUUUGCUACAUCACAAACGCACUGCAAGUCAGCAAAGCAUAUGAUGAAGACGAAUAUAGCAUCAGGAAACAGGGCAGAUUGGGGCUUAGAGACCCCCAGUUGGUGGAUUUCAGUGUGGUGUCGUGCUUGUGUCCACCGUGGGUUUCCUGGACCCCUGAACAUCUUUCCUGCUCAAUGACAUGAAAAGGAGACUUGCAUGUCCCAGUGUUUGUGCAUUGUCAAUCAUGAAGGGGUUAAAUAAAACAUUUGUAUGUCUUUAAAAAAAUACAAAAUACCAAACCGGUUACCUCUGUAACUCUUGCAAUGACACCGGUUGCACGUGAUCUAACAGAACAAACAUCAUAUCAAAGUGAUCUGCUCAGUUAAACAAACUAAAGAGAGACUGAUUGGAGUAGUACGCAGAUAAACUAUAUUAUAACACAGUGCUUAUUACCUACUGAGGAUCGGCAUUAGAGAUUACGGGAAUAUAUCUGGAAAUGACUAAUAAAUCAUUGAGAACAAAAGCCUAAAUAAUAACGGGUGAAGCUGAUGUAAAAUUUCGACCCACAGAUGGCUCACUUCUCCCAGCAAUCGUAACGUUCUGAGCCAAACAUCUCAGAGUAUAAAGAAAACACACCAGCUAUUAUAAAACCCAAAAAGAGGUAAUUACAGUUUCCCUGACAACUGUUCUGUCUGUACGUCAGCCCAAAGCAAGUUUAAACUCCGAAAUAUUGUGAAAGAAAAGCAAAAAAUAAAUAAAUCUCAGUGUGCACACUAAACACAUGCUGAUCUGUAGUACACACGGCGGUCUCCAAACUGUCUCCUAUCUCACUCUUGGUUAUGAAUCUGUGUGCUCUGCUUUCCUAUGAGUUUAAAGCUCUAUUUUAUGAGUUAUUUAUAUUAAAACCAAAUUGUGGUGAGUUGACAAUUGAUUUGGUCAUUUUAUCCCAAAAUAUCCACGUGUAGUUAUUUUUACAGCCUCGCUAUUUUGGUCUGUUUUUGUUUUUUUGCCAUUCCUCUGUCAUUGCGCCCCCGUUCACCCAGAGAAUAUAUGAACUAGUCUGUAGCUCAGCACCAAAUGUGGGAGAGAUGAAUUAAUAACAGAUUGCUAUGCUGGGAGGGGAAUCCUGCAAUAUGGCCUGUGAUUAGGAAAUGGCCCGCAGGUAUCAGACCAACAUUAAUUCAGAAAAUGUCCCUAUAAUUUGCCCAUUCAUGCCAAAUAAAGUAACAGGAGUGUGCCCAUCAAUCACUACUACCAACAUUAGAUAGAUUAAUUAAUGACGAUGAUUUAAAUUAUAAAUGUUUUUAAUUGGGGUGUUUACAUAUAACAUUCUGGGUGUUUCAGUUUACUAAUCAGUUGGGGGUUCCAACCCCCCACCAUCACCCCGUUUAAAGCCUUUAAAAAGUCCACACCAACUGUGAGCGGGUAACAGGCUGAUCUUUUCAUAUAUUACACAGAAUUUAGAUUUUACAUGCACCCCUAUUUGUUUCUAAUAAACAGUACAGGAAAAUAGAUAUUGGGGUUCGGUUAACCCCCCCAUUUACGUUCUCUCGGUAAUGAUUCCCCUCUCGCUGUGUGAUCUGUCUGUUUCUUUCCGUAUAUACACAGUAGUGGAACAUUUCGGCUGCAGUAGCUGUACGAUUCCACUUUAAAACAAAGAUUGUAAAAUAAGAAAGUGGUAAAAGCUGGCGGUAGACUGGUGUUCAGGUCAGGGAGCUCUGAGCCUUAUUACCUGCUACACAUUGCGCUUCCUUUCCAAGCUCUUCUCAAACUGGUCUCUGCCCACUUUUUACUUUGUGCUUCUUCUUUUUUUUUUUUUUUUAAAGACUGGUUCUUGGGCAAUGUUCUAAAAGUGGAGCAGUUACCACGGAAACGAGUGAAACAUUUCUGCUGAUAGCUGCACUGUUAAAGCAUUAAGGUUAGCGGGGUAUAAACUGUAGCUAUAAAGAUCUGCCUGAUUACUUAUUUAUAUUCUGGGUGCCCCCCUGCCUCCAGGCAUGGUAAGGUUGAUCUUUGUGUGGUGGCAUGGCAUAGGGUCCCAUCAUUGCUGAAAGUGAGAUCAGUGUGCAUUUUGAGUUGAAGUGCGUGUUUGGGUACAUACUUAAAGGACCACUAUAGUGCCAGGAAAACAUACUCGUUUUCCUGGCACCAUAGUGCCCUGAGGGUGCCCCCACCCUCAGGGACCCCCUCCCGCCCGGCUCUGGGGAGAGGAAAGGGGUUAAAACUUACCUUUUUCCAGCGCUGGGCGGAGAGAUCUCCUCCUCCGAUCCUCCUCCUCCGAUCCUCCUCUUCUCCUCCCCGUCGGCUGAAUGCGCACGCGCAGCAAGAGCUGCGUGCGCAUUCAGCCAGUCACAUAGGAAAGCAUUAUCAAUGCUUUCCUAUGGACGCUGGCGUCUUCUCACUGUGAAAAUCACAGUGAGAAGUGCGGAAGCCCUCUAGAGGCUGUCAAUGAGACAGCCACUAGAGGCUGGAUUAACACAUAGGUAAACAUGGCAGUUUCUCUGAAACUGCUAUGUUUACAGAAAAAAUGGGUUAACCCUAGCUGGACCUGGCACCCAGACCACUUCAUUAAGCUGAAGUGGUCUGGGUGCCUAGAGUGGUCCUUUAAGGGCAUCCUAUGGAUCAUUGUAUCACGCAUAUUUUCAUGCGUCCAUUCCUUGAUGCAGGUCUCACAUCCUGAUCACGUGUUCUGUCUCAGCUUUAGGACCAUAACUUGGUAGUAUUGCACGAGGGCUGACUGCCCGUCACUCAGGGAGUGCUAGCGCCAUCCUGUCCUAUCCUAUGUUUGCGCAGUUUGUGCAAAACGUUAUAAGACAAACAACAAAAUGAACAGAAAACAAGAGGUUAACAAAGGUUAAUAUCACAACGUGUAACAAAAUAUAUACCAAAAAACAAAAUAUAUACCAACAAACACAAUAUAUACCAACAAACACAAUAUAUACCAACAAACAAUAAAAAAAAAUGCAUUUAAUUUUAAAACCUCUAACAUGACAUGUACACUAAAAACACUAUAACAUGAUAUAUAACACACUAAUAAUACGUGUAACAAGGUAUAUAAACACACUAAUAAUACGUGUAACAAGGUAUAUAAACACACUAAUAACACAUGUAAUAAACGCUAAUAAACACCCUGUUCUGGACUCAACUCCCCUCGAUUCUCGAUUCUCCGGUCACCACAUCAAUUGACGGGAGUUCUUGUUAAGCAAAUUAAGACACAGUCACGAAAGAGUGCUUAACAAGUUCUCAGUGAGUAUAUUUUCAGGGCUAGCAUUUAUACACAGUUUGUCACGCAAGCAGCAAGAUUUAUCAUUUCCUUGUAGUUAAUAGUACAUACUUGUCUGACAUUAAAAAGAUAAGCAUUUGAAUAAAGACGGGACAGGAACAUCCUGAGGUCGAGCGAGGUCAUACAUCCUGUAGAAGGGAGGCCUCUCAGAGCAUGUUACAGAAUACAUCUGCCAAAGUCAGCAUAAUUAUUUCAAACAUUAUUUUAAAGCAUAUAAAACAAAAAGAGUUAACUAUUUAAUAUCCUUACACUAAUAAACAGUGUACAGGUAUUCAUUAGCAGGUGAUCAUUUAUUUUUAACAGGCAGAGCAGGCGCCCCCUACAGGACAGGUGGCUACUCUGCCUAGUGGGAUAUCUGGGUCCGCUUGUUGGCUUUGUAUUACACCUGCCAGGGACCUCACUGAUCUCCCUUCACUGACUAUGGCAGUGCGAUUGCAGCUGCAGCACCUCCAGUAGUUCCACCCGGGAAUAAGCCACAAAGGGACAUCAGCCUCACCAUGGAGGUUCCUUCUGACCUCCUCAGUCCAUAGCUUCACAGAAAUCCCAUGCCAUUAGUAAAGUGAUUAAACUGAACCUGAGCUACUGCAACCAACCAAAAAAAUCAGUUUCAAAUAACACUUCACAAAAUAAAUUCACAAGAAUCUGGCAGCGACCGCAUCUGCUGGGGACCAGUGUUGUGUGGACAUCAUACACGUGUUCAGUGUCUUCUCUGAUCUUAGUAGUUUCCCUUGAUCCAUGUAGUGCUUUCCGAGAAUCUUUUCCUUAUACGUAUCCUAGUGUAAAAUGCGGCGGCGAGGCUCAUCUUCCUGUCCGCCUGCACCUCCCACGCCUUACCCUUCUGUCAGUCCCUACACUGGCUUCCUAUAAAAUAUAGAGCUCAAUUUAAAAUUCUGGUUCUUGCUUUCAAAUCUCUACAUAAUGCUGCUCCAACCUAUCUAUCCUCACUUAUACUCAAGUAUGUCCCGUCUAGGCCCUUACGAUCUGCUGAAGACUUACGUCUAUCUUCUGUCCGUACUCCCACCUUUGAUGCUUGCCUUCAAGAUUUCUCGAGGGCUGCACCGUUCCUGUGGAACUCGCUUCCCUCCUCCGUUAGACCCUCACCCAGUCUCCACUCCUUCAAAAAAUAGUUAAAAACCCACUUCUUCAUAAAAGCGUAUCAAUUAAACUGUUAAUAGCUCCUGACUGAUUCCUCUUCUGCAACUGUCAUUAGUCUAAUACUAUCCUUACCUUUUUGUGUCAUUUUACCCCACUCCCUCUAGCAGGGCCCUCAACCCACCCCUCUGUUCCUGUGUGUCCAACUUGUCUGGUUACAAAUACAUGUCUGUUUGUCCACCCAUUGUAAAGCGCUGCGGAAUUUGACGGCGCUCUAUAAAUAUCAUAAUAAUAAUAAUAAUAAUAAUAAAGUUCAGAACCUGGAGAGACCUCCGAAACAUGCCUUGUUUGUAUCCAUAAACCUGAACCCCAUGUCAAACACGUUUAAUUUAAACCAAGACAUGGACUAUAAAAUAAACAAGUACAAAACAUUUUGAUCUAGAGAUAAACAAUCCUAAUGAUAAAUGACAAUCGUCCUCUUCAACCAGGUAACAAUUUUUUUCAAACUGGCCCAUGAGCUGUGGACAGGGACAGACAUUGAGGACGACAUGGACAGUUAGGCAUUGGGCUUCGACGAGGCAUGAAAUGUAACCGCGUGGGAGGGGGUUAAUGAAAUACUUAGAAAAAUGCAUUUUAAUGUUGAUGAUAUUACACUUUCUGAAUAGGUCACUGAGUAAAUUUUUCAGUUAUAGAAUGAGUUUCUAAGGUGACGUCAUGAACACAUUUGGGUUUUGGUUUUGCUAGCCAUUGAUUUGUUCCACUCGAUGGCCCCUCUGCAUUCUGUGUAAUGAAUGUCCAACCUAUUGGGCGACCACUGAUUGCUGUGAAAACCCUUCUUUGUGUAAAUGUGUCUUUUCUCUUCUAAACAGUGAUAUACAACAAGGAUUUACUAGCCACUUUGCACCUUCUAGUAGCCCUCGCCCGACACUUCAAACCUGAUUUGCAGCUCCCUCCCAACGUGUGCGUAGAAGUGAUUUUUGUUGAGGUAACUAUAAUAUUCACAUUUUGUUUUGUGUUAUAUAUUUUAUUAUGAUAUUUACUCUAUAUGACUCUAUAUAUGGUUUUCUGAAGUCUGGUAAUAGAGGGCCUCACUGCAACAUGGUCACCAGGGCCGGUGCAAAGAAUUUUGGGUACAUAGGCGAAGAUCCAUUUUUCCUCCCCCCCCAAAAAACAUAUUCGCCCAUGUGCCUCUUAACCUCCCUUUUGUGUUUCUUAUCCCGUCUUUUAAAUAUCUGACUCCCUUUAGUGUAUUUUAUCUCCUAUUUUUGCCUUUGUGUGUCUCCUAUCUCUCCUCUGUGUCUUUUAUUCUUCCCAGCUCCUUUGUGUGUCUCUUUCCUUCUCAAGCCCCGCUGUGUGUUUCUUUUACAUCCAGCCCCUCUCCCUGUCCCUUAAUGGUCCCCUCCCUUCUCUGACCCUUACUGUUCCUCUCCCUUCUCUCCUCCUUUCCCUGUUCCUCAGUGUUCCUUUCCCUUCCCCCUCCUUUCCCUGUCCCUUAGUGUUCCUCUCCCCUCCCCCCUCUGUUCCCUGUCGCUUAGUGUUCCUCUCCCCCCCUCCCUCCUUUUCCUGUACCUUAGGGUAUCUCUCCCCUCUUCUCCAUGUCCCUUGGUGCGCCACCCACCCCCAUAGUGGUCCCCUCCCCUUCCUGGUGUGCCUCCUACCUUUCUUGUAGCGUGGCUGAGCGGAGCGAAUCCCGGUACAGUGAGCUUUUCCUGUCAGUCCUGCUAGGUACAGGAAACAGAAGUUCCUGUACCACGGUACACUCCGCUUGGCCACGCUACAGUCAGGGGUGUAGAAACACUGACAGUUACACACACUCAAUGACAAACACACAGACAUCUCUGACAGCCAGACUCACUUAUCUGACACUCAUUCAUUGACAGACACACAAACACUGACAGACUCAUUGACAAACACACACACACACAAACUCACAGACACUGACAGACACAUGUACUCACAUGCACACAUGCACAUACUGACAGACACACUCACUCACACACACACACUGACAGAACCACACACACACACACACACAUACAUACACACACACUGACAGACACACAUACACACACACACACACUGACAGACACACAUACACACACUGACAGACACACUCACACACACACUGACAGACACACUCACUCACAUACUGACAGACACACAUACACACACACACUGACUGACAGACAGACACUCACACACACACUCACACACACUGACAGACACACAUACACACACACACACACUGACUGACAGACACACUCACUCACAUGCACACACACACUAACAGUAAUUAAUCAUCUAAAUUAAAUUAAAAUUUCCCACCCAGCCUCCCUACCUGGAGAGCUGGCGUGGGUCUCUCAUUGGUGGUCCAGUGGGGCUGCUGGGAGGCAAUUGGAUUCCUAGGUGGCGAGGGAGCUGUGAUCUCUCUGAUCUGCUCCCUCGCAGGCUGCUGACUGAUGCCGCGGGAGCGGGAAUAUGACGUCAUCAGUCAGCGAGGGAGCAGAUCAGAGAGAUCAGAGCUCCCUCGGCAUCCAAUUCAGCCGCAAGCCGCGCCGGGGAUCCAGGAGGUGACCUGGCAGGAGGGAGCACUUCCCUCCUGCCGGUCACUGGAAUUUUGCGCCCCCAGAGCCGGUGCGCCCUAAGGCGGCCGCCUGUGCCGCCUUAUGGACGCGCCGGCCCUGAUGGUCACCAUUUAAUUUCAGGGGAACCAGGUUAUCCUCAAAGCUGUGAGUUACAGGGAAUUCAAAGUGAAUUUCUAAUUUUAAGCAACAACAUCAAAAUGUGUAAAAUGCGUCGGUAUGUUUUCAGUUAGGUUAUAAAAUUUACAUUGGAUUAUUCUCAAAGCUGGAAACUUUUACAAAUUUCUAUUCAGUCAGUUUCUUUGUAUAGAAUUGUUUUUUGUGAUUUGCAUCAGGUGAACACUGAAGGCCUUUUCCACUCUGGAACGGGAUGCUGUGUUUAAAGCUUGUGUGGCCCUUCUCGAAAAGUGCUAUGAUCCCAGCCUUUUUCCCAAACACCAGAUGACACUUGGUGAGGGUUAAAACAGCAACAAUUUUUAUUGAGCACUACACAGGUAUUUAUAGGCACAUUCCCCACAGGAGGUAAUCAGUUACAACAAUGCAAGUUCCUCCCCCGAGUCUUGGAGUCCAGGACAUACAGUGAGGGAAAAAAGUAUUUGAUCCCCUGCUGAUUUUGAACAUUUACCCACUGACAAAGAAAUUAUCAGUCUAUAAUUUUAAAGGUAGGUGUAUUUUAACAGUGAGAGACAGAAUAACGAAAAAGUCUAGAAAAACACAUGUCAAAAAAAGUUAUAAAUUGAUUUUCAUGUCAGUGAGUGAAAUAAGUAUUUGACCCCUUCGAAUUAGUAAUUGGUGGCAAAACCCUUGUUGGCAAUCACAGAGGUCAGAUGUUUUUUGUAGUUGCCCACCAGGUUUGCACAUAUCUCAGUAGGGAUUUUGUCCCACUCCUCUUUGCAGAGCCUCUCCAAGUCAUUAAGGUUUUGAUGCUGACAUUUGGCAACUCGAACCUUCAGUUCCCUCCACAGAUUUUCUAUGGGAUUAAUGUUUGGAGACUGACUAGGCCACUCCAGGACCUUAAUAUGCUUCUUCUUUAGCGACUCCUUUGUUGCCUUGGCUGUGUGUUUUGGGUCAUUGUCAUGCACCCAUCCACGACCCAUUUUCAACGCCCUGAGGGAAGGAGGUUCUCACCCAAGAUUUGACGGUACACAGCAUCAUCUCUUUGAUGCGGUGCAGUUGUCCUCUCCCCUUAGCAGAAAAACAUGUGUGUGUGUGCUGGAUGAUGUGUGUGUGUGCUGGAUGAUGUGUGUGUGUGCUGGAUGAUGUGUGUGUGUGCUGGAUGAUGUGUGUGAGUGCUGGAUGAUGGGUGUGUGAGUGCUGGAUGAUGGGUGUGUGAGUGCUGGAUGAUAGGUGUGUGAGUACUGGAUGAUAGGUGUGUGAGUACUGGAUGAUAGGUGUGUGUGUUUGUGUGUGGGUGCUGGAUGAUGUGGUAGUGUGCUGGAUUGAUCAUUUGUAGGUGCUGGAUGUGUGUGUGAGUGCUGGAUGAUGUGUGUGUAUGUGUGUGUACUGGAUGAUGUGUGUGAGUGCUGGAUGAUGGGUGUGUGAGUGCUGGAUGAUGUGUGUGAGUGAUGGAUGAUGGGUGUGUGAGUGCUGGAUGAUGGGUGUGUGAGUGCUGGAUGAUGGGUGUGUGUGUGCUGGAUGAUGGGUGUGUGUGUGCUGGAUGAUGGGUGUGUGUGUGCUGGAUGAUGGGUGUGUGUGUGCUGGAUGAUGGGUGUGUGUGUGCUGGAUGAUGGGUGUGUGAGUGAUGGAUGAUGGGUGUGUGAGUGCUGGUUGAUGGGUGUGUGAGUGAUGGAUGAUGGGUGUGUGAGUGAUGGAUGAUGGGUGUGUGAGUGAUGGAUGAUGGGUGUGUGAGUGAUGGAUGAUGGGUGUGUGAGUGAGUGCUGGAUGAUGGAUGUGUGAGUGAGUGCUGGAUGAUGUGUGUGAGUGAGUGCUGGAUGAUGUGUGUGUGAGUGAGAGUGCUGGAUGAUGUGUGUGUGUGUGUGGAUGAUGGAUGUGUGAGUGAGUGCUGGAUGAUGUGUGUGUGUGUGCUGGAUGGUGGGUGUGUGAGUGGGUGCUGGAUGAUGUGUGUGUGUGUGUGUGCUGUGGAUGUUUGUGUCUGAGGUGCUGGAUGAUGUGUGUGAGUGAGUGCUGGAUGAGUGUGUGUGUGUGCUGGAUGAUGUGUGUGUGUGUGGAGUGCUGGAUGAUGUGUGUGUGUGCUGGAUGAUGUGUGUGUGCUGGAUGAUGUGUGUGUGCUGGAUGAGUGUGUGUGUGUGUGCUGGAUGAGUGUGUGUGUGUGAGUGCUGGAUGAUGUGUGUGAGUGAGUGCUGGAUGAUGGGUGUGUGAGUGCUGGAUGAUGUGUGUGUGAGUGAGUGCUGGAUGAUGGAUGUGUGAGUGAGUGCUGGAUGAUGGGUGUGUGAGUGCUGGAUAAUGUGUGUGUGUGAGUGCUGGAUGAUGGGUGUGUGUGUGCUGGAUGAUGGGUGUGUGUGUGCUGGAUGAUGGGUGGGGGGGGGGAAGCAUUUUUUUCUUACUUUAUGUGUUUAUAUUUUUUUAUUUUAUCCCCCCCCUCCCUGCUUCUUACCUUGUCAGGGAGGGGGGAGAUCGCCUGGUGGUCCGGUGGUAUGCUGGAGGGAACCAGCCGCUGCAGAGAGGGGCCAUCACAGGCUGUGUUCCUUCUCCAGCUCUAACUCUCGCGAGACUCGCCUGUGCGGAGCGUUGCCAUGGUAACAGCCGCGGGUCUCGCGAGAGUUAUAGCUGGAGAGGGAACACAGCGUGUGAUGGCCCCUCUGUGCAGGUAGCAGGGCCGGUCCUGCAGGACAGGUAACGGGAACGGCGUUCCUGCUGUGGAAAAAGUGCGGGAACGCCGUUCCCAUGCGUUCCUGCAGGACUCGAGCCCUGAACAAGAUUCUCCCAUGUAGUUCUGGGCUGAUUCCUCACCGUUCUCAUGAUCAUUGGAACUCCACAAGGUGAGAUCUUGCAUGGAGCACCAGACCGAUGGAAACAAUUAUUUUGUGUUUCUUCCAUUUGCGAAUAAUCGCACCAACUGAAUCACCUUCACACCCAGCUGCUUGCCGAUGGUCUUGUAGCCCAUUCCAGCCUUGUGUAGGUCUACAAUCUUGUCCCUGACAUAACUGGACAGCUCUUUGGUCUUGGCCAUGGUGGAGAGUUUGAAAUUUAAUUAAUUUCUUCUGUGGACAGGUGUCUUUUAUACUGGUAACGAGCUGAGAUUAGGGGCACUCCCUUUAAGUAAACCACGGGAUGCUCCUAAUCUCAGCUUGUUACCUGUACAUAAGACAUCUGGGAGCCAGAAAUCUUGCUGAUUGAUAGGGGUUUAAAUGCUUAUUUCACUCUUUGACAUGCAAAUCAAUUUAUAAGUUUUUUGACAUGCGUUUUUCUGUUUUUUUUUGUUUUUUUUUUGUUAUUCUGUCUCUCACUGUUAAAAUACACCUAACAUUAAAAUUAUAGACUGAUAAUUUCUUUGUCAGUGGACAAAUGUUAAAAAAAAAGCAGGGGAUCAAAUACUUUUUUCCCUCACUGUAAUUAGUUUGUCGCCAUAACUGAAUUACCUGUCUGACACCAAGACUAUAGCUGUUUCACAAUCACACAAUAACUUCUAUUCUGUUUACAGUUUAUAUAAUAACUCAACAAUAACAUAUCCUCACCUGCUAUACCUCAUUCGAAAGCUCAUGACUGAGCGCCCAUAUUGUCCAAAAAGCGUUCUGAUCCGAGAAUCCGUGCCCAAGUUAUGAGCUGGUAAAAUUUUACCAGGUCGCAGCUAUUCUCUGAUCCCCUUUAGAGUUCCAGGGAUUUGGCUGCUUUUCCAGGUCUUACAAAAUGGGGUUCCUGGAACUCCAGGGAGGCCCAAUCCCUAACAUGUUAGGUGUCUUUUGUCGCGGCUAUUCUCUGAUCCAACCAAGGUUUCCAUAGAGUUUGUAUUCUCCCGGGCCAGCUUGGGAUGAGUCUUGGGCCCCGGGAAAGGGGCAAUGAGCUGCAAAGCAUGGACUGGAGGGGUAACUGGCCGAGAGUCCUGCAUCAGUUGUUCUAAUAGCGAUGUGAGUGAAAAUAACUAUUCAACGAGAAAGGGGGUCUCUGGGACCAGGUCCAUAGUCUCUGGGUAGGAGGCUGGCCUACACGCCUCUCCAGGAAUCUGUGGCAUGGGAGCCUCCAUUACAUGCACUAAUCAGUAAUUUUCCACUGAUUUCAAUGUUGACUGCUCCAAGUUUAGAACUUAGCCCCAGAAUUACUCAUUUUUUUUCAGAACCCUCAUAUUUUCGGGAAAUUGUCUCAGAUUAGGCAUAAAAUAAAUGCACAUUUUUUUUGUGGAAUUUUGAAUAUAAUCAUUUUGUGAAAGGUGAGGAGUGAUGCAUUUCUAAACCCUUCGAUCAUUUCAUCUAUAGAUAUUUGUUUGCUCUCCACAAACAUGCGCACGUUGAUUCAUUAAAGUGUGAUUUCUCAGGAACUGACCCAUGAGUUUAAAAUUAGAAUAAAUUCUCCGACUUGGCUUCUUUUCCAGGGUGGUAUCUUCAAAAAUCCACCGGUCAGCUUUUUGCAGCUCAUGAUUUAUGUAGAGUAAAACCGGGAAUGUUUGACGCAAUAAGUUCUUCAUAAAGAGCGAUUCUGGAGCAAAGUGAUAAAUGUGACGGAAUGAGGAGCAGAACUUUGGUUUCCAAGGUGACUGCUCCAUGUUUAGAACGUUUGUUUAGAAGCUCCCUCCGCAAACAGUAAGACAUGAUUUAUAAACCAUUGUACAGCACUGCAGGACUUGUUGGUGCUAUAUAAAUAAUAAUAAUAAAACCAGUGCCCUCAUUAAUCCUCUCAAUGCCAGAGGGACGAAUAUGUCCCGUAUCAGCCACUUUAAAAGACAAGGGUUAAAUAAAACAUUAUGUAACAAGGGAUCUAAGGACAGGCUAAUUACAUUUUCUAAGGAUUUUUAUUUUAAUGUGACAUUAAAUGUGAUGGCAUUGUGAUCAGGGCUGCCAUCAGAAAUUUUGGGGCCCCUGACACAGCUCAAGGUCUGGGCCCCCCGUGCCUGCACCCGAGUCCACCCAAAGUGCUGCCCCCCCCCCGAGUCCGCUCACAGGGAUGCAGUGUCUGUACUGAUUCUGGUGUGUGUAUAGUGGAUGUAGAAUGUGUGUAGUGGAUGCAGAGUGUGUGUUAAGUGGAAACGGAUGCAGUGUGUAUAGUGGAUGCAGAUUGUACAUUUGUGUAAUGUAUGAGGUGUAUAUUAGAUGCAGAGUGUGUGUUUGUGUAGUGGAUGUAGUGUGUGUUUAUAGUGAAUGCAGUGUGUGUAUGUGUGUGUAGUGGAUGUAGUGUUUGUGUGUAUUAAAUGCAAUGUGUAUAGUGAAUGCAGAGUGUGUGUUUGUGUAGUGGAUGUAGUGUGUGUGUGUAGUGAAUGCAGAGUGUGUGUAGUGGAUGUAGUGUUUAGUGAAUACAGUGUGUGGAUGCAGAGUGUGUCUUUGUGUAGUCGAUGUAGUGUGUGUAGAGUGAUGACAUAGUGUGUGUUUGUGUAAGUAUUUAAUGUGUGUAUAGUGACUGCAGACAUUGUGUUUGUGUAGUGGAUGUAGUGUGUGUUGUGACUACAAAGUGUGUGUGUGUUUGUGUAGGUACUGCAGAGUGUGUGUUUGUGUUAGGAAGUAGUGUGUGUAGUGACUGCAGAGUGUGUGUGUAGUGACUCCAGAGUGUGUGUUUGUGUAAGGAUGUAGUGUGUGUAGUGACUACAGAGUGUAUGUUUGUUUAAGGAUGUAGUGUGUGUAAAUUUUAGUGAAUAUUGCGUGUAUAUGUUAGUGUAUAGUGUGUGUAAAUGUUAGUGUAUAGUGUGUGUAAAUGUUAGUGUAUAGUGUGUAUAGUGUACACACACACACUAACACACACACACACACUCACACUCUAACACACACACACUCUCUAACACACACUAACACACACACACACUCUAACACACACACACACACACACACACACACGUUUCUUUUUUGUUUUUUUUUAUUCAUCCCCCCAGCCUCCCUACCUUUGGGAGUGCUGAUGGGAUUCCCUGGGGUCCAGUGGUGUCACCCGGCAGCCGGUCCUGUGGGCGGGCUGGCGCGCGCGAGGGAGCACUCUCCCCCGUAUUCCGGCUCCGGUAUCAGUGCGGUGUGGGAGGGAGCUGAAGAGGAAGCACUCAAGGGAGAGUGCUCCUUCGCGCGCACACCAGCCCGCCCAGUGACACCAGGGCCAGCCUCAGGGGGCCCUAAGGUGACCGGCUGCUGGGCCCCCUAGGAGAAGAGGCUGGCCACAGUGGGUAUAUACCGGGUCGCAGGGCGGCCGGGCCUCCUGCGACCCCGGUAUGUACGCCACUGAAUGUGGGGCCCGGGACGACCUGAGCAGUCCGGGCCCAUGACAACCAUUAUGGUUGUCAUGCCCUGAUGGCGGCCCUGAUUGUGAUAACAGUAAAAAAAAAAAACUAAAAUCCUUUAGCAAAAAAACUCUACCAUGUCCUCUUUAAUUUGCUGCGAUGCAGGAAACGGGUUCAGUGGAGACGAACUUGGUUUCAUUUCAGCACAGAGUAGAGGGCAGAAUAGGUCAGAAGUCAGUGUGGUAGCAACAUUCAAGGGUGGGAAAAAGAGAAACAUAAGUUAAUAUAUAUGAAAAUUAAAUAAAUGUAAGGCCGAGAAAUGUUUUUAUAUUUUGAUUCAAAUCUAGUUGCUUUGCAUGAUGCACAAAAUAUUUCUAUAAUAGUAUGUUAACUUUUGUAAAAGGGGUCAAUUCACUAAACCCAAUAAUAAGUGUAAGUUGACAAGUUAUAUUCUGGUGCCCACAAGCUGGUCUGGAUUUUGCGCUUUGCAGAGUUGCUGAAAGAUUCUGAUGCGUUUCACAGAGUUAAGAGAUAGGUGUUAAAUCACAUUGUUUAUGCAUUCCUAGCCAUACCUCCCAUUUUCCUACAUUGUUCCUGAAAAAAUCCAAAUUGUUUAGCUUACCUUGUUGCAUAGUCUGUUUAAUUCCGAAUUUCUUAUUUCCUGCUCUGGUACUUGCUCCCAGCACAUGAUGCAAACUUCUAAAGUAAACACACUGUGUUGUCAGAUCUGAUUAAACAAUGAAAACCAUAGUAUAAUGUUGGCUGUGUUUGAGUCACAGCCAGGGGAGGUGUGACUAGGGCUGCUUAAACGGAAACAAAAGUGAUUUAACUCCUAAAUGGCAGAGAAUUGAGACUGCAGGGGGCAUGUUCUAAACAUCCAUAAUCACUUCAUUAAACUAAAGUUGUUUUGGUGCUUAGAAUAGCACUUUAAGUGGGUAGAAAACAGCCCUUAUAAAAUAUUUAAGUAUUUUUAAAACUUCCCACACAAUGGAUACAUAGAGAGAAAUAUAUAGACGGUUCUUUGUGCUCUGUUGAUUUGAUGUAGAAUAUUUUUUUCCCGGUAACAGGACUGAUCGUUUGUUCCGAUAGCUGAAAAUCUCCUAAGCUCCAGCACAAUACCUUUCCUGUCAGGAAACACGUUGUUAUUUUACAUCUUAUAUUGUCAAGCUUUUCAAAACCUGUAACGUGGUUUCUGCUGGGCCCCGCUGUAGUUAAUACUGUUUCACAAAUGAGCAUUUUAAAGGCCAAGUAUUAAAGGUAUUAAAUCAGGGGGUCUCAUUUCCUGUGCGGAUUAAUGGUGAUAUUUAUCAUAAUUAAUAUAUUUUUUGGUGUUUUUAUGUAUCAGCCAACCAAAAGUGGAAUGAAGACCGAAAAGGCCGUGGAGUUUCUCACCCUCAGCAGGUAACCGCCUGACCUCAUAUCUCCUCCAAUGUCUCCAAAAUUCUUAAAAUAUGCAGAUCACAAAGUUAGCUCCAUCUUGUUUUUAACAUGAGAAGACCAGACGGCAGAAUUAAGCUUAGUUUAAUUGUAAUUUGGCGCAUGUAUCCUCAAUCUAUGAAAGUCAGGGUACGCACACUGCCUGUGGUGUUUGAUGAGUUAUUGCAGUACCACUUCUGACCACCAGGUGACCCUAUAGCAUCUGUGGAUAAAAACUUACAAUUUACUUGUUGAGUUGCCAUUAAUUCCCAGAUUAAUGAAUAAUUAUAAUAUUUAUAAUCUGUGAACAGUUAGUAUAGUACAGGGCAUGCUUUUGUCUUCUUUAUUCUAUUAUAAAAAUGUUAAGAAAUCCCCCCCUUUUUUUAUUAACACUAAUAAUUGCUUCCAUGAGUGUGUGUGUUUACAACGUGCUUCUGUUUUUAUUUUGUUCUUUCUCCCCGUUUCUCUCUCGUUCAUUAAAACAUGUUUUUUGCUUUGAAUUUCCUGCCCGCGGAUGCGUUCAGUGACGGGGAUUCGUCUCUCAGUAAGUGCCUUGAUGUUUUAUUCACGGCUGUGGAACAGAUUCUGUUACUGACUUUUCAGAGCUAAAUGCAAUGACCCUUACAGAGAAACCAGGUAGAGCUUUGAGAUGCCGAGCUCUGGCGCGGUUUCCCUGGCAACUCUAAAAUAUUGAAAAGCGAGGAUGUCGACCCGGGAGUUUGAAAAAGCUCCAGAUUUUGUGAUAGGGAUGCGAACUGGCGUGUGUGUGACACAUUGUGUCAAAUCUCCCUCCCCCCCCCCACAUCUCUCCUCGUGAGAAAUAUUUCACCGAGUCUCAGACUUGUCACCUGGUAAACGUGACAGAUUCUGCUGUUACCAGUAUGACAAGGUACAAAAUAUUGUACUUACCGAGGAGAAACUCCCUAUAGUUAUUAAUAAAAGAGAAGAAUAGAAAUGUAAAUUGAAUCCUUUUAAAGGAGAAACAUUGUUAGUUUUUGGAAUAUCUCAUUAAACCUGCUUAGAUACAAUGUGAGUGAGUUCUUACCAAGGUAUAGCUUCCCAAUCCACGGUAAUAUGUUUUUCUGUCAUUUUAUUCUCUUCCAAACACCUCUUUUUGCGGAGUAGCUCAUUACAGACAGGGUUACAUUCUACCCAGAUAUUCAUUGCUUUAGCCCUUAUACUGGAUAUGGCAUGUUAUGUGCUUGUUUAACUCCUUCCAUACCAGAAUGGUCCAAAGGGUGUUAAAAAUAUGUAAUUUACCCCCAAUCCCUCGUUUACACAAGAUUUACUUUAUUUUAAAUGACAAAGUUCCAGUUAUGAAAGAUCACACAUUUCCCAUCUCCUGCUGGACUCCACUUGGCUGUGAAAUAAGCCUCUCUGAUGGAGUCAGUAAGGUUAAUUGUCCAUGUUUGGCCCCAAGUGUUCACAUGACCCAAACACAACUUCAGCUGAGCUCUUUCACCAGCACAGCGAGAGGGUGGAACCACAGGCCGCUCUUGUACAAUGCUCAGUCCUGCUGAUUGUCUUGUAGGGGCCCCGUUUACUAAACAGUGAGCCAGACUGUGUAAACCCAUAGCUAGCAGGUUAGAGAGCUGGUCCAGUCAUCCUGCGUGGCGAGUGGAGAAUAAACAACCUUUUCCAUAAAUUUGUACUCUAGGUGAACCCACAAAACAUUGCAUCUACAGGGGACUUUAGGCACACUUUCAUACAUUAACCUUGUAACACCCCCCUGACUGUCAAUCAGACAACUAGUACUGCUACUUCCAGUUUUUUUAGCUCAGUGGAGAUAAACUCAAGAGGCAGCAAUUGGCCAGAACACCUGCCUUGCAAAGACUUCUCAUUGAGCUGCAUUGGGAAGUCUGUGAUUGGACAGACACAGAAAGUCUGGGCGGGGUUAGAAGGGGAGGGCUUGCAGAGGCUGCAGACAAGAGACCUACAGCUAUUGCAAGCAGUUUUUAGAUUUAAAAAAAUGCAUAAUUAAAUGCAUGCAUGUUUUCCUAUGGGGUAUAUCUACUAAACAGUGAUUCUAGUUUUGUUUUUUGGGGCAGUGGAGUGUUCCUUUGAAAAAAUAUAAUAAAAUAAAAUCCAACCGAUUGAGGUUUUCCUGUAGCAUCACCCUUUAAUAUAUUGAUUUUCGCUGUGGCAUAGGCUGUCCAUGCUGCAGGUCAUCACCUUUCAUUAGCACAUUGAAAUAACGUUCUGUGCACAAUAUCCCAUGUCCUGUGUACCAUUAGGAGAAGGAGGCACAGUUUACAGUUUCUCUCCGGCUACACACUAUUUGCGAGUUGAUUUCCCCCUCGCAGAGAGGUCACAGAUUUUGUUCUCUUUUCAUGUUGGUUCCAGAGUCUGACGCAUUUGAUCUACUUUUUGAAAAAACUCCAGAUAAAGUUCAGGAAGUAAAGCAGGUGAGUUAACGAGCAGCCAUCUUUGAAGUAUCAACAGUUUUUUUUUAUAUUUUAUAAUUUUAACCCGAAAAUAAAUAGCAUUUAAAAAAUGUCACCAAUGCAUGGAGAUCAAUUAAUUUCUGGAAAUAAAUUUAGUUUGUGAAUUCAUGUUUCUUACAGAGACUUAAAUAGUGUUAAAUAGUGGAGAAUGAUGGACAGAAUUCAUUUUAUAAUUAGCAAUGUAAAUUAAUGAUUUUAUUAUAUAUUUAACUCCAUAUAUAAAAAGAAGGCGGUGAUUUAUUAGGAUUUAUAUGUUUUAUAUUAUUAAGUGUCUACAGUGCCUUGCAAAAGUAUUCACCCUCUUGGCAUUUUUCGUGUUUUGUUGCCUCACAACCUGGAAUUAACAUGGAUUGUUUGAGGAUUUGCAUCAUUUAAUUUACAGAACAUGCCCACAACUUUGAAAAUUUUUAUUUUUUUAUUGUGAAGCAAACAACAAAUAGGACAAAAUAACAGAAAAGGUCAAUGUGCAUAACUAUUCACCCCCUAAAGUCACCUUUUGCGGCAAUCACAACUCCAAGUCGCUUUGGAUUAGUCUCUAUGAGCUUGCCACAUCUUACCACUGGGAUUUUUGCCCAUUCCUCCUUGCAAAACUGCUCCAGCUCCUUCAAGUUGGAUGGUUUGUGCUUGUGAACAGCAAUCUUUAAGUCUGACCACAGAUUUUCUAUUGAAUUGAGGUCUGGGCUUUGACAAGGCCAUUCCAACGAAUUGACAUGUUUCCCCUUAAACCACUCAAGUGUUGCUUUAGCAGUGUGUUUGGGGUCAUUGUCCUGCUGGAAGGUGAACCUCUGUCCUAGCCUCAAAUCACGCACAGAGUUGUACAGGUUUGGCUCAAGAAUAUCCCUGUAUUUAGCACCAUCCAUCAAUUGAGAAGUAUGCUCCAGAAUUGCUUUUUUUUUUUGCAGAAUGUCUGAUGAUUCCUUUUUUUAUUUUUAAGUAAAUGUAUUGUAUUUUUUUACAGCAAUGUUUUCAAUGUUUCUUUUCUCACAGGCAAUCGUUAAGUUUGUGAACAAACCGCUGGCGAACCUUGGCCUGACAGUGACAGACCUAGACUCUCAGGUAGGGGGAUGAUAUGUGUUUGUUUGGAAUUAACAAGGUGACAUCAUAUAUAAUAACCAAUGAUAACCAUUAUAUUCAAGAACUGAUGCUGCCCCCCCCCCUGGGAUACUGGAUCAUUUAAUAUUCUCAUCAAUAGACCUUAGUAUAUGAAAAUAACAUGAAAAACAUUGAACCACUGUUUGGAAUACAAUGUUUUUCUGGUUAUAAAUUCUAUUUCUUUGUUUUACCUGACAUGAAGAAAUUAGUCUGAUCAGCCAAAAACAUGCGUUGGAUAAUCCAAUAAAAAGAGGGAUAUUUGGGUGAAGAAUAGAGUAGUGUUUAAUGUUCAAAUAUAACCAUCAGAGAGAGUGGAAAAAUUAUAAUCAAAAACAGGAAAUAUUCACUUUUCACCCGAUUUCCAGGUUUUUAAAUGUCAGAAGUAAAAAAAUAAUGGAGUGAUGGUAAAGUACCAGUCUGUCAUUAAAGACAUGUUUUCCCAACGUUCAAGUGUUUUACUAAUUACAUAGAUGUUUGGAAAAGCAUUGGGGGUGGUGUACAUGCGCAGCAAUCCUUGAGCUGCACCAAUCAGCAUCUCCUGUCCUGAAGACACAAACGAUCGGUAUUGGAAACAUGGCAAGACCAGAUCUGGAAGUUCCUCUAAUGACUGUAUGAGAAUGCUAUAUACACACUGUGAUUCUCAGGAAAGGCAGUGUUCGCAUUGUUGAGGCUGCAGAGACAGACUCUGUGCACGAGAACGACUACAUAGAACCAGUGUUUCUGGUGCUUAGUAUCCCUUUAAAGGAAAAGGACAUUCUAGUUUUUAAUUGUCAGAUUUUAUAGAGUUAUUCAUUAAAGUGUGAAUUUGCAGGAAUUUGAAAUAAAAAGUGAGUAUUAAAUGUUAGUCCAAAGUAGCAAAAUCAGGAAAAAAGUAAUCUAUGUUUCCAGUUCUUUUAUUUAGGCCUAAAUUUUAAAUAUACUUUAAAUUAAUUUUUAAUUCCUGACAGAUUUCACUUUAGUGAAUAAUUGUAACAGAGUAGAAUUUCUUACAGACCUGUAAACCAGGUGUUGACUACACUUCUACCUGUUUCAUUGUUUAAUAAAACAAACCAGAUUAAGAGAAUUAAACCUGUGCGUAUACAUUGACAUGACUGCGUUACACUGUCAUCUUUUAACUCCUAUUUUGAUGUCUAAAGCAAAAGGGGGGUUGAAUGCUAUAUAAACACACACUAUCCACUUAUAAUUUACUAUUAUUAUAUUAAUCAUACAUAAUUAGUAUUAUGUUUAUAAUAUAGACUAUUCAUGGAUAAAUAUCAAUGAAUAAAUAUCAUAUUAUUUACUAAUGUUAGUGGAGUAUAAAUAAUCUUAAACACAGUUUCACACAGGAAAACCAGACAUCAAAUGACAGAUAACACUAAGUAAUUAAUUUUACUUUCUAAAAAAAACAAAAAAAUAACAAAAUCUUACAAAGUUGCAUUGUAAGAAAGAGGUGAAGAAGAGUUUAGACAAGUCAGAAAGCUAGAUUUAAAGGUAUAUCCCAGACACUAAGACUGGGGAAAAGUCCUUGAAGUUGACAGGUUGUGUAAAUUAUAGCAGACAUAAAGAUUCCAAAAAAUUACGUCAAACGCAUCACCAAAUUCAGUUAACCCAUUAUACAAAAAGGUAAAUGGACCCCCUGACAAGAAUUUUCUGUGAUGUAAUUGCGCCAUCUACUGACCAAAAACUAGAUCGUAGUCUGUAGGGAAGACACACCUACAGUUCCCUAUUGGUCCUAUCGACUAGUGACAUGCAGAGAAUUUGCCCCUUUAAAAGUAAGGACAAAGGGAAGAGAAAGGAAAAACUCUUGGGGACUUACAGAUUCGGCCCAUUGGACACUGUAAACACUCUCUUGGACUCACAUCUAACAGCUAAGAUCCGACAUCUGAAUCAAAAGCUGGUCGCACCUAAUUCUUACUAUUACCUUUUCCAACUAACACAAUUUCAGAACUCUGAAAACUUUUCUAUUUCCCACAAUUCUCAUCAUACUAUCAUUUGAAAUUCCUGGGACAUAUCUACACAUCUGAUAGAAAAUCUACAACAUAACUAGUAAUUAUGCUGGUUUUAUUUAAUUAAAUUAAAUUAAUUAAUUUUGUCACAUGUUACUUAUAUUAUUUUUAUUAUUAUUGUCACAAUAAAUUUAAUUUUUAUAAUUAAUUUGUGAUUACUGUGUGGAGUUAAAUCCUCUAGUGAAACUUCCUCUAGGAUCUAUUAAAAUCGAAUGGCCCUGCUUUGAUUCCUGGCCUGUUUCUAUAUACAAUAUAAUUGUAGUUGUUAUUGUAUUGCAUAUUUUACUGUUUAUGAUAAUGUUGUGAAAAAAAUGAAUACACCGGGAGCAGACUUCCUUUCCUUUAAAUAAACUUUUUGAUAUUUUUUGUAAAGCAUGGCUGGCUGGCCGGCCUUUUUUGUUUUAUUUUAUACAGUUGAGAAGUUUUUUUUCAUUCUUUAUUAUUUUUUUCUGUUUUCCUGUUCUACCUUUGGAUACAAACUUUGGAUCUCACUGUGUGCUCCCAGAAAAUGAACAUGAAAUGAAAUUUGCAGCAAAGAACAACUGCUUUCUAUAUUCUCAGCGAAUGUUCGGCAUUAACCUGACCGUUUGCUUGUUGUUCUGUUUGUUUUUUCGUUAGUUUGCAGAUGGGGUAAUAUUACUGCUGCUAAUUGGACAACUUGAAGGCUACUUUCUAAAUCUGGGCAGCUUCUUUCUGACCCCCAGCUCAAAGGAUGAUCAGGUAUAGUGUGACAUUCUCAGCCAUCAUUUCGCAGCACCUACAGCGCGUCAUUAUGGUGCUAACAGAGUCAUUGUAACCAGGAUAAUUAGUGUUCGUGGGUACUGUAUUCAGGAUUUCAUGGACUGUAUCUCCCAAUAGUCUCAGUUAGUCUUCGUUUCCCACCGCAGCUGUAGUGCUUCCAUGCGUAUAAGUACAUAACUGUGUUAAUUUACAUGUACUGAUUGACUUUGACGAUCCACUGUGGUUAUUGCCCCCAACUCUGCACCUCUGAAGUGGACACCCAUCCCCUAAUCUUGCAUGUCUGAAAAGGAAUUGGCUCGUAGCUCUGAGGACUACAUUAUCUUUUAAACAUAAUUUCUCUAAGAUUUGGCAUGUGCAGUUAUCUCUUAAAAAGACUAAAAGACAAAAAUCGCAUUGUUUUUAGUGUUAAAAUUCCUUUAGAACAAAAGCAAAGACGUUCCCCACGCACUAUCCCAAAUCGUUGUGAGGUUUGUAGUAUCACUCCAAUGGCCAUUAAAGUGUAAGCUCACUUGCCACGUUCAGGUGAGUCCAACACUAAUAUUCACCUCGCUGCUUUCAGCUUAAAGGCAGAACCUCUAAUGAGACCGAGAGGGGUCUUCUUCCGAUCCCCUACACACUUAAUGGGGUACAUAUGGGGUGGGCGGCAGCACUGCAACAUUGCUGUGAUUUCUGAUUUAGUUUUAUGUGUUUGGGCUGAUAAAUACCAUAGACAAGAGUAGUGGGAGUUUGAGUAGAACUUUAUUUUGUGUAUUUUUCUUUUGAAACAAGCCGUCACAGCCUCAUUGGUCAUUUGCCUUUUGUCCAUGUUUUGUCGCUAAAUGCGGCGUGCUUUUCCAUGCUUUUUACCAAUAAGCUUUGAAUAACCUUACCUGCAACAAACCGUCACACAUUCACUCUAUCACAAGGAGCCGGUCUCCAGAGCCAACAGCUCGUUCAGCAGAAUUUACAUAAAAUACAAAUUUUCACGUGUUUGAUAAAAGAUUCAUGAGUCUCUGUCGGGAGAACGAUUCUCCUGGCUUCGCACAAUCAUGAGUAAACAUUUUAUUUAUGCUGUCACUGAAAUCAAAACAUUUGUACAAAUUUACAUAUUCUUCCGAUUUCCACCUGUCUGUUCACAAAUGUCAGAGAAAUGAAAACCUCGAAUCAAGUUGUCAGUCUCGACUUCUUAAAUGGGAAAUCAUGCAAUCAUGCGGAAAGCAAGUACGAAAAUGUUCCCGUUCACUCUGAAUGGGCCCCGUGAAUCCUGGAGAGGGCCACACAUUCUCUUACAUGUUAUUGUUUUGGCAGAUUCUGUGAAGUUUGAAAAUGUUGUUAUUGUUAUUACCAUUUAUUUACUGGCAAUAUGUUCUGCACUCAGUCACACUAUAGCAAACUUUAAAUAAAAAUCAAAUAGAGAAAAGAAAUACUAACAACAUAUUUUAUUUAGAGUUCUACCAUAUUGGGCAGCACAGUAUUACAGGAACAUUAUAGCAUUACAAACAAAUACAAACAUGUAUUCCUAAUGCUAUCGUCUUAAUAUACCGAUCUAUGUCCCUCCACCCCCCACACCAGUGAGGGUUUGUAUAGUGAGUAUCGGAGGCAGGGAGGGGGGUUUUAACAGGAAGAGCAGGUGCUCCGGGCCCCGCCACUGCACCCACACUUUAGUGGUCCUUUAAGGACAAACAUACAAGCACAUACACGCAGUAUGUCUGUACAUGCAAAGGAUGGGGGGUCGGGGUAGUGGAGAUUGUUAAUGUCAGUUUGUAUCUCACAGUCUGUUAGAGCAUAAGCUUUAGGGGCAAUAUCUGCAUUUGUGUACAAACUCCAGGUUAUGAAGAUAAGUAAUGGUGAAGAAGGACCCCUUAAGGACAUGUCAUGAUUCCCUUUUAUUCCAGGAGUUUGGUCCUUAAGGGGUUAAAGGGAAGGACUGCAUCCCAGCCAUUUUAAUGGAAAUGAUCCACGUUAAUGAAAUGAAUAGAGGUACUAACAUGACUAAAAUGGCAGAGAAUCAGUCAGAAUGUUACUGCAGUUCAUCACAAGUGGUUUUUCAUGAAUAUAAGAGUGAAUUAAUGUGUUCGCCUCAGGCAGUGUUUCAGUUUUUUAAAUGUAUUUCUGCUCUCGAAAAAUACAGCAUUAUUCAUUAGUACUUUUAGGCGUUUUUGAAAGAAAGAUUAAGAAUUCUAAUAAAUACAUAUAUUCUAGGAUACAUGUAGGAAGAUUAACUCAAACCCCGGGUGAUGAAGGUAUUCAGGGAUGUGAGUGCAGAGCCGUGUAUUACGUUGUAUCUAAAAUGAAUGCAGUGCGCUAUCAUUCCGUGUGCUGAUCUCAUUCAUCGAUCUAACAUAUUCUCCCUGACAGAUACACAAUGUAUCCUUUGCUAUGGAUCUUCUUAAGGAUGGAGAAAUUCUGCAAAAUCCUAUCAACCCUGAAGGUCAGUAUCGCAUCAAGCGUAAGGGGAGGAGUUCUAUUAGCGAACCGGGAGAAGACAUUUCCCAUUAUUAGUUUAGGAUUUUUUCUGUGUGUUAAAAUUGGAAUAAUGAUCCAUGAUAAUAAAUCCCAUCACAUUACCCACUAUUAAAGGGCCACUAUAGUGCCAGGAAAACAUACUCGUUUUCCUCGCACUAUAGUGCCCUGAGGGUGCCCCCACCCUCAGGGUCCCCCUCCCACCGGGCUCUGGGGAGAGGAAGGGGUUAAACUUACCUCUAUCUCCAGCGCCGACGGGGAGCUCUCCUCCUCCUCUCCUCCCUCUUCUUCUGGCAUUGGCUGAAUGCGCAUGCGCGGCAAGAGCCGCGCGCGCAUUCAGCCAGUCUAUAGGAAAGCAUUGUCAAUGCUUUCCUAUGGACGCUGGCGUCUUCUCACUGUGAAAAUCAAUGAGACAGCCACUAGAGGCUGGAUUAACACAUAGGUAAACAUGGCAGUUUCUCUGAAACUGCUAUGUUUAUUAAAAAAUGGGUUAAUCCUAGCUGGACCUGGCACCCAGACCACUUCAUUAAGCUGAAGUGGUCUGGGUGCCUAUAGUGGUCCUUUAACUCUAUAUUUCUUUGUGUGCCAUGAUGUGGUAGCAGUUUGGCUAUUUAUACAUAGAGAGAAUUUAAAAAAUCUUUUUCAGUGAAGGUGACAAUCCCAACACCCAUCCUUGCGUACUGUUAUCGGGAAAGUGGCUGAAUUAAUGGCUGCUGCCAAUUACAAGUUUAAAGAUUUUUUAAGAAAUUUUGCCAAAUGUCCAACAAGUCCAUAAUUGUGAUGAAAAUUGUCCUUCAGCAAGAUUGUGAUCACUUGGGCUUAACUGUCUCUCAGAACCUUGAGGGCCCUUUUUCACUGAACCAAUUGUAAAUGGUAAUAGAUGUGAUAAUUUAGCAUCGUUUACAGCUCAUAAUCCGACAUAAACAUGUUAAAAUCAAACCAUAGAUCGUAAUGCUCGGAGGGAAGACAAUAUCCUGGAAAACAUAUAUGUGAAUCUUGUAAAAACAUUUUCUUCAAAUAGUAAUUCUGACAAAAUUUACUACUAGAUACAUUUAAUAGUUUAUUGAUAAUUUGUCAGUCCAUGGUGUCGUUGCUACUUAUAGUUUUCAUAUCUUUUCAUUUCCCGUUUGUUUCUUCUUCCUUUUAUCCAGAUAUUGUGAACAGAGAUAUUAAAACAACUCUGCGGGUUCUGUACAGUUUGUUCCUUAAACACAAACACAGUUGAAAUACUCCGGAUAAAGAGGUCAGACUUUGCCAAAAUCUUUUAGCAUCGAGGGAGCCACCGAGCGUCAAAACACAUUCUUGGGAGAAAAACAGCAAUCCUGCAAGCAAUUUAAAUUAGUUUUUAUUUUUUAAAUAAAGCAUAAAAAAAUCUACUUUUACUAUGAA